CUAAUUGUUGUGAUAAACUUAUUAAAUAGCCAAUAUGUCAUCGGACCCAAGAUCGUCCGAGCGCCAGUCACCAACUGUAGGUACAUAUGUCUGUUCCUUCUGCAAUCACCCGAGUGUGUCCCUGGCAGCUAUUAGAGAUCAUCUUGAAUCUUCGCAUAAAGACAAAGUUUUCACUGACGAAGAUUUCAUUUCCAGUGUUAUUUACAAACCUCAUUCUCUGUCGAUUAAACCUUCCUCAAACAGCUCCGAAUCUGCCCAAGUCUCACCAUCUUCUAUCGAUAGCAAAAAGAAAUCAUCGGUGACAAUUCGUUGUAAACUAUGCUGUGAAUCUUUCUUGGAAGGCAAAGAGUAUCUUAGACACUUGAAAUCAUGCAGAGCAGCAGUUUCUGUUGCAAACACGACAGUUGCAUCUACGACUAAAGCAGCACCCAAAGGCAGACCUACUCGUUCUGGAACUACUAGAGGAAGGGGGCGUGGGGGAAAGGUGAACAAAGUUCUCCCAACAGUCGAAACAAAGGUCAAACGAGGGCCUAAAAAGACAAGGGGCAGAGGUGGUGCCUCGACUGUCUCAGCUGCAGAACAUGCAGGGCGGACGGUGAAACGAGAGAAAAUCUCCUCCAAACCCAGUAAUGCUAUCACUAGUUCGAGUAGUUUAGUGCGCAGUGCCCCGUCUCCGAAAGGGGCUUCGUCUGGCGGGGAUAGUCGGGUUACACCUCCUGGAUCAUCGAGGUCAGGAAUGACGACCCAGUUUCAUUCCACCCUCAGUGGAUCGGACUCGCCUCUGCCUUACUGCGCUCUCUGUGACAAACAGUUCUCAAUGCAGACCACAUAUCAAAUUCACUUAGAGAGUAAAGAUCACAAAGCUCAGGAUCAGAUCAAACGGGAGAAGGAUAAGAGGAGGAACAGAAUGUAUGCAUGUAGUCUGUGUCCUGAAGAGGGACCCUGGAUCCACAAGAGACAUCUGAGACAGCAUAUGCAAACAAAUCAGCACAAAAUGGCCAAAAAGGUUGAAGCAAUGGUGAGCAAGAUUUUCACAGAUCAGCCCAUUGAUGACAAUCUAGAAGACUUAAAAGAGGAGCAACGACAGCUUGCUGAAGUUGUGAAGGGAGGAGAAGCGAGUAAAGAAGGAGUCGACACAAUUGCCGCCAAGGUUGAUUCGGAAGAGGAUUCUGUGACUACUUCGUCGUCUUCCAUUCCAUCUCCGUCUGCAGUGGUGAUCAGGUGUAAUGAAGAUACAAGCACAGCUUCUUCGUCUCCUAGUCGUGGUGGGGGUGGAGUGAAAGUAGAGCAUAGAUCCCCUGCAGAGUUGGAUGCAUUGGUGAAGAAGAUGUUGGAGCCAGCGAAGAAGUACUUCAUUCCUCCCCCUCCCUCUCAGAGACCACCAGAGUACACCCCUUCUGGGCUGAGGGACACGACUGGGUUCGUAGUGUUGAACGACAUGCCCAACAGACUACUUCCAUGUAACAUUGACCUUUCGAAGCCUCUGGACCACCUUGUGUCUGUUCCGGGUGACAGACCACGUGACCGACAGAUGGAAGUGUGGGAGGAGGCGGUGUCUCUAGUGCGCAAACUGGCCUCUUAUUCUUCCUUACUUCCACCUACUUCUCAGGAACAACACAACAGACAGCUUUAAUUCCUUACUCAAGUGUAAAUUGAAACAAAAAACAGA